AUGUCGACCCCACAUAAAGCGAGACCAACCUCUCCCCUCUCGCCGCAGCUCAUAACUAGCGUCUACCUCCCUUCCGCUGUCGUACUCAUUGGAGUUGGGAUAGCCAAGAUCGAAUGGCUGCCGUUCGCUGCAGUGAUACCGAUCGUUCUGAUUGCUUUACAGUUCUACGGCAACGUCGUCAAAAAGGCGCUGAGACCGGACAUUUUCCAAGAGUUUAAGCUCCAAAAGAAAGAUGUGAUCUCACACAAUGUCGCAAUCUACCGCUUCUCCCUCCAGACUCCAACCCAUAUUCUCGGCCUUCCCAUCGGUCAACACAUGUCCUUAGCUGCCACGCUCGAUGUCAACGGCCAGCAAAAAGAGGUGGUUCGCUCAUACACGCCCAUAUCGUCGGACGAAAACCCUGGCUACUUCGACCUCCUCAUAAAGUCUUACCCCCAAGGCAACAUCAGUCAACACCUAACGACGCUCCAGUUAGGAGAUACGAUGAAAGUGAAGGGUCCAAAAGGCGCGAUGGUGUACACACCGAACAUGUGUAAACGGAUUGGUAUGAUUGCAGGUGGCACAGGAAUCACGCCAAUGCUGCAGGUCAUCCGGGCGAUCGUUCGAGGGCGGCCAAGAAAUGGAGGCAACGAUCACACCCAGGUCGAUCUGAUCUUUGCGAAUGUCAAUCCGGAGGACAUCCUUUUGAAAGAGAAUUUGGAUACUCUGGCGAAGGAGGAUGAGGGUUUCAGAGUCCUCUAUGUUCUGAACAACCCCCCCGAGAAAUGGGAAGGAGGCGUGGGAUUUGUCACGGCUGAUAUGAUUAAGGAACACCUGCCUGCCCCAGGUCUUGAUAUGAAGCUGUUGAUGUGCGGGCCACCACCUAUGAUUAGUGCGAUGAAAAAGGCCGCGGAGUCUGUAGGGUAUACGAAGCCACGAGCUGUCAGUAAGCUGGAGGAUCAAGUCUUCUGCUUCUGA